UGAACUUGUUAUGUGGAAUGCCAAGAUAUAAGACGGGGUGUGUUGAUAUAAGGCCGUUGCUAAUUCGGCAGACGCACCUCCAAGCCCUUCCGCCCCCUGCUCUCAGCACAGACUUCACACUCGAGAUAGAGUCUGGAGGCCCCGCCAUGAACUCCUCUGCGCCAGGCACCUCCUCGUGGUCGUAUAGCCUCAGGGCCAACUUCUAUGCCCUUACGCCGGCCGAGACCUAUUACGAGGUCGUGUGGCAGGUGCCCAACAUGGUGUCCAAGGCUCUGCCCGUGAUGAUCUUGAUGUCCCUGAUGGAAGCAGUGAUCCUGAAGCUGACGAAUCGCAAAGAUAACUGGCGUCUCCACAUCGCCGUCUUGAACUACUCGAGCGGCGGCCUCUCGGAAGCCCUGAACAACUUCGUGUUCCGUGGAGCCGAGUUGUCUGCGUAUAUUUGGGUCUACGACAACUGGCGCCUCAGCUGUCUGGCCUGGGAUUCCCUCUACACAUACUUCCUGAGUCUGCUAGGGGUCGAAUUCUGCUUCUACUGGUGGCACAGAGCGUCGCAUGAAACGGCCCUCAUGUGGGCCGCUCACUCCACGCACCACAGCUCCGAAGACUUCAACAUGACGGUGACUGCACGAACGUCGUGGACCAUGAGGCCUUUCAAAUGGAUCUUCUUCCUCCCCCUCGCCUUCCUUGGCCUGCCACCGUCCGUCUUCUUGAUGCACCAGCAACUCUCCUACAUCUACGCGGGCUGGACGCACAACGAGACCGUGCCCAAGCUGAGCAAGGUCAUCCCCGUCCUGGGUCACGCCAUCGAGUUCGUCUUCCAGACUCCGAGUCACCACCGCGUCCAUCAUGGCGCGAAAGGUACUGCACGACAAGAACUACGGCCAGACGUUCAUCAUCUUCGACCGCCUCUUCGGCACCUUUGCCGAGGAGCGCGAGGACGAGCCGCUCGUCUACGGGACGCUCAGCCAGAUAGAGAACAACAGCACCAUUACGAUCCACGUCUCGCCCUGGAUCGACGCUUUGGAGGAAGACGCAGAGCAUGACCACUUCGGGCGACAAGG